AUGUAUCGUUUCGUUUUGUUGCCAGAUUUGGUUGUACUCGAAAUUAUGUCGUAUUUAACACCUAUGGAAAACUUAUAUUCAUUUUUCGAUGUUGACGAUAAACUUCGUUGUAACAAUUUACUUCGUGAACGUCGAUAUUCAGUUGAUAUUCCUCAUAUAUCAAUGUUUAUGAAAUCAAAUAUAUUUCGUUAUUUGUGUGCUAAUGUCCUUCCACAUAUAUCAUGUCAUACGGAAUCAUUAAAGAUAAGCGUUGAUUUUGUUGGUAGUCGUAUUGUUUACGACCUGCCGUCUACUAUUUUCUCCAAUAUAAGUUCGUUACAUUUACAUUCAUUACAGGUAGAAGUUCUCGAAAUAUGGGCGUGGUCUUCGACUUCAUCGUCUCUAUUUCAAGGUGUUCCUCAAUCACUUAUGCAUUGUUGGUGUCUUUUGACUUCUUUAACAACAUCAGGAAUAUAUCUUUCACGUAUAUUACCCUUUUUACCAAAACUUCGUGUAGUAACUAUAUACGGUGGUAUUAACCAAUUAACUGCUUUGGCUACAUAUCGAUCGUCUACACUCAUUCAACUAAAUGUUUUGAGCUGGAUUGAUGCUAGUGUCGAUAUUUUAGAUGAAACCUACUUUCCAAAUCUUCAAUUCUUAUCAAUAAAUCUCUACCAACAAACAACUACUGGUGAAAUUAUACGUAUAGAACGAACGAUAGAACAAAGUUUUGCUCAUUUGCCAAAUUUAAUCAGUCUUCAUUAUUAUAGUUUAAUGACUAAUUAUGAUUUCACUCAAACUAUCAAACCAAAUCGAUACUCAUGUUUUUUUAAUGUUCAUAUAGAAAAAACACGAAUAAUUAUUUGGAAGUAA